AUGCAGCGAGUCUUGCGGCAGUCGCGGCAGUCGGGCACGCUCAACUUGACGUCCCGCGACCUGACGCAUGUUCCGGCCGAAGUCCUCUUCCCACUCAAGCACCUUGAGGCUGACGAGAAGCAUUGGGAAUGCAUCGAUCUGUACAAACUCGACCUGAGCUACAACCAGCUGCGCAGUCUGCCCGAGGCCCUCCGCGAACUCGCAGGGCUCAAGUGGCUCAAAGUCAAGGACAACCAGCUCACGCGGCUUCCGGCGUCGCUGGGGUCGCUCCAGCUUCUCGUGUACCUUGACGUGAGCGACAACCGACUCAAUGACGUCCCCGAGUUUGUGGGCGACUUGCUUCAGCUGCGGGAGCUCUGCGUGACGAGCAACACGAUCUCGUCCUUGCCGAGCUCGCUCGGUCGCCUCGAGCACCUCGAGACCUUGCGCCUCGACAACAACCAACUCACGAGCCUGCCCGAGGCCAUUGGGCACCUGACGAAGCUCCGUGUGUUGAAUGCGCAAAGCAACCAGCUCGCGUCGCUGCCCGCCUCGUUCGCCAACCUCUUGAGCCUCUCUUCAUUGGACCUGAGCAAGAACAAUCUGGGGGCGACGGUCGUUGUCCUUGACAAGAUGGCACAGCUCGAGUUUGCGGACCUCCGCAACAACGGGCUCUCGGCCUUUCCGUCGCUGCCGACGACGACGCGCUUGGACCACUUGCUCUUGGGCAACAAUAAGCUUACGUCCAUCGACGACGCAUCGCUCGCACGCGUCGCUACGUCGCUCACGGUGCUCAACAUCCACGACAACCAGCUCAACGCGCUGUCGGCGGACCUCAUGUCGCAGUUUGCAAAGCUCAAGACCCUCGACCUCUCCAACAACAACCUCUCCGACCUCCCUUACGUGCUUGGUCACAUUGGGUCGCUCAACCACAUUCUCGUCGAAGGCAACCCGCUCCGGUCGAUCCGGUUCUCGGUGUUGACGGGCGGCCACCAAGCGCUCAAGUCAUACCUGCGCGGUCGCGGCCCCGCGGCUGCGACUGAGAGUGUGGACGUUGCCGAGUCGCUCUCAGAAACGAAAUCCGAUCCGGCUGCACGUAGCACGCGCGCAAUGACCGACGACUCGCUCUUGCAUGCGUUUGAAGCCGGGACGCUGGACUUGACCAAACAACAGCUAACGCAAGUGCCCGUGAUCGACGUCGACCACAUUUGCGCGACGCUCGUCCACCUCAACCUGUCGCGCAACCUCCUCACCGAGCUGCCCGCGCACAUGGGCAGCCUCAUGGCGCUGCAGACGCUGACGGCCGAAGAAAACUUGAUCACGCGCAUCGACCCGAGCAUUGGUGCACUCCCGCGACUGCAAUUUCUCCGGCUCAAGCGCAACCGGCUCAACGAAAAGGCCAUCGCCGCCAUGCUUCCGCCCACGACCGAGGUCGUCUCGAUGCUCAAGGAACUGGACUUGCGGAACAACGCGUUCACGCACGUACCGCCUAUGGUCGUCGAGCUGCCCGUCCUCGACACGCUGCUGCUUUCGUUCAACAAAAUUUCGACGCUCGACGGCGUCGAAUGGGCGCAAGCCCAGAAGCUCUCGGUCGUCGCCUUCUCGGACAACAAGCUCACGUCGCUCGGGUCGAUCCACGAAGCCAAGCACUUGACGUCGCUCAGCCUCGAAAACAACAACCUUAUGCAUAUCCCUCCCGAACUCGGUUUGUGCGAGCACCUCCGCGCCCUCGUCAUCACGGGCAACCCGCAGCGCCGCAUCCGGUUCACGAUCCAGCAAAAGGGCUCGGACGCAGUGCUGCAGUGUCUUCGUGACCAGCUUGGUGUGACCGCGCCCGUCCCUGUCGCCAACGCAGAAAACGUGCCGCCGCCCAACCGUACUCUGAGCCAGCGCAACGCAGGCCAUCCUCGCCCCGCGGCCGGCCACGAGUCAUCGGCGCCAGCGCCACGCACCACGGGUCCGCGUACGAGCAUCACACCUCCGCAGCGGCCGCAGCAGGUUGCGCCAGUCGGCCGGAGCAGCGCCGCGCCGCCGGCCAAGCGCAAGCUCGACGCGGAGCCGGCAACGGACAUGGCGCAGCUCGUGGCCAAGAUCCACGAGCUCGAGGUUCAGGUCGAAGAGUGCUCGCUGAGCAACGCCAAGCGCUACGCGGUGAAGAAGGAGCUCGCGAUGCUGCGCUCGCGCAAGAUCCGCGAAGAUCGCAAGGCGCACGCGUCGCAGUAG